GAAAAGCCAGGCCUUGCGGGAGUCGGUCCGGAGUUGCAAAGUGACCUCGUCCUCCUCCGGGUGCAGCUCGUUCUCUCCCGCCGCCCACCUUCCUUGCUUGUGCACUCGUUUUAGCGACGCAGCCGCCUCUGCCACCUACCCCGCGUUCCCGCGUCUCCUCGGCCCUGGGGUCUCCCUCUUUUGUCCUUAGAUAACUUGCCGAAGGAUGAACUAAGAGAAGAGGUCCCAACACUGAUCAGCAUGGAGAGUCGUUUCUCAGUUUCCAAGAUGCAAAACUCAUCCUCACCAUUGGAAAAGCAAACUGGCCCAGCAAAUGGGAAUGGGGAUCUUGAUUCAGAGGAAGAUUCCAGCCUGGAGGAAAACGGCUUUAGCUGGGGAGACUAUUUGGAAGAAACAGGCACCAGGGCGGUGCCACACUCAUCCUUCAGGCAUGUGGAAAUCAGCAUUCAGAGUAACUUCCAGCCGGGAAUGAAGUUGGAGGUGGCCAAUAAGAACGAUCCGGACACUUACUGGGUGGCCACCAUCAUCACCACCUGUGGACAGCUGCUGCUUCUGCGUUACUGUGGUUAUGGGGAAGACCGAAGGGCUGACUUCUGGUGUGACGUGAUUAUAGCAGAUCUGCACCCUGUGGGGUGGUGCACACAGAACAACAAGGUGUUGAUGCCCCCGGAUGCGAUUAAAGAGAAGUACGCAGACUGGACAGAGUUCCUCAUACGUGAUUUGACUGGCUCUCGGACAGCGCCUGCAAGCCUUCUGGAAGGUCCUCUGCGAGGGAAAGGCCCUAUAGACCUCAUUACAGUUGAUUCCUUACUAGAGCUUCAGGACCCUCAGAACCCUUUUCAGUACUGGAUAGUUAGUGUGAUUGAAAAUGUCGGAGGAAGAUUACGCCUACGCUAUGUGGGAUUGGAGGACACUGAAUCCUAUGACCAGUGGUUGUUUUACUUGGAUUACAGACUUCGACCAGUUGGUUGGUGUCAAGAGAAUAAAUACAGAAUGGAUCCACCUUCAGAACUUUAUCCUCUGAAGAUAACUUCUGAAUGGAAAUGUGCUCUGGAAAAAUCCCUAAUCAUUGCUGCAGAGUCUCCUCUUCCAAUGGAAGUAUUUAAGGACCAUGCAGACCUUCGAAGCCAUUUUUUCACAGUUGGGAUGAAGCUGGAGACAGUGAAUAUGAGUGAGCCCUUUCAUAUCUGUCCUGCAUCAGUGACCAAGGUUUUUAACAAUCAUUUUUUCCAAGUGACUAUUGAUGACCUAAGACCUGAACCUAACAAACUCUCCAUGCUGUGCCAUGCAGAUUCUUUGGGAAUUUUGCCAGUACAGUGGUGCCUUAAAAAUGGAGUCAACCUCACUCCUCCCAAAGGUUACUCAGGCCAGGACUUUGACUGGGCAGAUUAUCACAAGCAGCACGGGGCAGAAGAAGCACCACCCUUCUGCUUCAGAAAUGCAGCACUCAAUCGGGGCUUUUCAAAGAACAUGAAGCUGGAAGCUGUGAACCCUAGGAAUCCAAGAGAGCUGUGUGUGGCCUCUGUGGUCAGUGUGAAGGGGCGGUUGUUAUGGCUCCACCUAGAAGGUCUGCAGCCUCCAAUCCCAGAGGUCAUUGUAGACAUGGAUUCCAUGGAUAUCUUCCCCGUGGGCUGGUGUGAAGCGAAUUUUUACCCUUUGACCACACCACAAAAAACAGUUUCAGAAAAGAAGAGAAAGAUUGCAGUUGUACAGCCGGAAAAAAAAUUGUCAUCCACAGUGCCUGUUGAGAAAAUACCUCAUGACCUUUGCUUAUUCCCUCACAUGGACACUGCAGCAGGCACUGUCAAUGGGAAGUACUCCUGUCCACAGCUCUUUGUCAACCACAGAUGUUUCUCAGGCCCGUUCCUGAACAAAGGGAGGAUUGCAGAGCUACCUCAGUCAGUGGGGCCUGGCAAGUGUGUGCUGGUGCUUAAAGAGGUUCUUAGCAUGAUCAUCAAUGCCGCCUACAAGCCUGGGAGGGUUUUGAGAGAGCUGCAACUGGUGGAAGACCCACACUGGAAUUUUCAGGAGGAGACACUCAAGGCAAAGUACAGAGGUAAAACGUACAGGGCUGUGGUCAAGAUCGUGAGGACAUCAGACCAGGUGUCACAUUUCUGCCGCCGCGUGUGUGCCAAGCUGGAAUGCUGUCCGAAUUUAUUUAGUCCUGUGUUGAUCUCUGAGAACUGCCCAGAGAACUGCUCCAUUCACACCAAAACGAAAUACACCUAUUACUAUGGAAAAAGAAAGAAGAUCAUUAAACCCCCAAUUGGGGAAAGCAGCAUUGAAAGUGGGCAUCCAAAACCAGCCAGGAGAAGGAAACGUCGGAAAUCCAUCUUUGUGCAGAAGAGACGAAGAUCUUCUGCAGUGGACUUCCAAGCAGGCUCUGGGGAGGAAAGUGAAGAGGAGGAUGCAGAGGCCCUGGAGGAUGACACUGCGAGUGAGGAAACUGGUUCUGAGGUCCGAGACGACCCGACAGACACCUCAUCAGCAGAGGUGCCCUCCACCAGGCCCCGGAGAGCUGUGACCCUGCGGAACAGUUCAGAGGCUGUGAAACGGCCCCCAGUGGAGAGACCACGAAGGGUCCGCCAAGUGCCAACCACUACCUCUGCUGAUGAAGGCAACAAGGGCCCCCCUGCUAGGCCUGAGGAACCGGGGGAAACAAAGCAAGAGGAUGAGGAAAGGCUGAUUCUUGAGAGCAAUCCGUUGGAGUGGACGGUCACAGACGUGGUACGAUUCAUUAAGCUGACGGAUUGUGCGCCCUUGGCCAAGAUCUUUCAGGAGCAGGACAUCGAUGGCCAAGCACUCCUGCUGCUGACUCUACCAACGGUGCAAGAGUGCAUGGAGCUGAAGCUGGGACCUGCUAUCAAGUUAUGCCAUCAGAUCGAGAGAGUUAAAGUGGCUUUCUAUGCCCAGUAUGCCAACUAGCUCAGCUUCCUUGGGGUGGUGCCUGAUUCUAAUGAUGCUGUAUUUCUGAAGGUUUCCAGGAAUGAAACCUUGAUUUUCUAGGUGCUGUGAAAUAAAUGGUACAUUCAUUGAGGAUCUCCAAAAAGCAAGAAGCCCACGACCUCCUUCAUGCACCAGCCUGUUUGAUAGUUUGAUGUCUCUAAAGCACACAGAAGGACCGUAGCAGCAGUUUCUGGGACUGUAGUGAAAGUUCUGUCUCAGAACUUUCCCAGCUCUGGACUUGCUUCUUGAUCUCCCUACCACCCAAGCUAGGCAGCUUCCUGUGAGCCAGGUUUCCGUACACUGAGGUCCAGGUUCUUGGAACACCGAGGCGGACCUAGUCCCUCCACGCAGAAUCCCUGACUUGCUGGCAGUUUUGCCUGACUCACUCUCAGGCUCUUUCACAGUUCUGUCUGUCCCACACGUGCAGACUGCUGUGGUUCAGAGUCACCUGCUGUCCCAUUCCAUCUCCUUGACAACUCCUUCCUCCAACGCAACUGCCGGCUCUGUUUCAGGGUGCUGGUAUACCACAAUGUGCUAAGCUCUGUCCUCUCUGUCAGAGGUGCCUUUUCACAAGCAUGGCUGCUUACAGCAGACAGCUACUGUGUAAGCAGAGUCUAGAACAUUGGCAGUGGCAAGCACUGUCCAUCGUCUCUUCAGAACCAUAGCUUCAGUGUUCCAAGAUCACUGUGACCGGUCAGGAGGAGGCUAGUUUAGGGAAAUACCAAAUUCUGUAUUGAAGAAAAAGCUUUCAGAGGGCCAGCAUGGGAAGAGAUUUGAGGAGGCGUUCUGUGAGUUAGAUGUAUGUACUUAGAAAUGUUCACACAGCUGGUCACUGCAGACGAACCCUUCUGCACCUCUCUUCUGCUCAUCUGGCUUGCCACACGUGAAGCCAGCAUGAGGAAGCAGUGAUGCCUGGCAUGAUAUAGCCGAGAGAACACUGGGUCUGGACUCAGUCUGUCCCCAUCCUGACUUUGCUGAUGACCAAUCGCAUGUUUUUGGGUAACUCCCACCACUCUGGACUCAAGCUCCCAUUGAAGGAAAAGGCAGGUCACUUAGUAGUGAGGCAUUGAGUAUACCAUCUCCCCCAGCCUUCUCAUUUUUGCUAGAGAGGAGUCCAAGUGGACCAAAAUGGGAAAGAGUGGGACCACAGAAUUUAUCCUUCCAGUUCCUGCAUUUCACUCUCUUUGAGGUUGCUCAUGAAAUUUCACUAAGUCAUCUGUAGAAUCAUCAGUGAUUAUAAAAUUUGCCCAAUCAUUUCUGCCCAGCACUUCCUCUAUGUUUUCUCCUAAGUGGUUCAACAUGUACUUCCAAACCCAAAGGGACAUUAUGACUUGGAGGUCACCUCCCUGCCUUGUCUUUUUAAAACCAUGCAAGGAAGCCAGACUUUUACUCUGUUUAGGAGUAAACAUUGAUUUUGGAAGCUUAACUUCCAACCUAUAUGGAUUUUAUUGUUUUGCUUUCUGUUUUUUCAUGUUUUGUUAUAAUUACAUUGGUCUUUUCUCUCCGACUAGAGUCUCAGCUACCCCAGAACAUAGUGUGACACACUGCUUGUAUUUUGGUGACAUUUUAAGGCAUGGUGAUCUGUCAGACUUUGAGCACUGAGGUUGCUUAUGCUAACCAUUCUCAGCAUUGUGCAAUGGUUGCUGAUGGAACCAGAAAUCAAAUUAUUUGUGGUUGGGACUCUUCCCUAAAGCUGGUUUCCUAUUGUCAAGCUACAGAGCUUUGGUGAAUGAGUGUGCCUAGGGACAACUGAUGGUUAGACUGUGUCCUUUGUGAUGCUGUAAGGAUGGAGGGGCCCCAUGCUCAUGCCUACAUGGUUGCCUUGUAGUUGAAUUUCUCUCUUCUGUGCUACAUGUUGAACCUUCCUCAGUUGGCCUGCCUUCUCAGCCAUAUGCUUUUGGCCAUAAAUACUCAAUCUAUUGGUUAGAAAGGGUAUCUAUUUCAAGAUGGUGUGGCAUCUCUCCUGUGCUGACUCCUUCUUGAUCCUUCAGUGUGCCCUUCUCAAAAUGAGCUCUUUCUUUUGCAUCUGAAACCUGGAUGCAGCUGUGGCAUAGUAGCACACAAUAUGCUUUGAGAGCAAAUGUCACUUUCUCAUGUCAUUUCCGGUAAUGACACCGAGGAGCAGGUGUUGCUUCAGAACGUGGAGAUUUUUCUAGAUGUCUGCUGAGCCCAUGGAAAGAGCCAGAAGAAUAUUAAUAGAAAACCCAGUCAGGAUAUGGCCGCCAUUGGUCAGAAACCCUUCAUCCUAUGGAACCACAAGUCCCAGUCUGUCCUCAUCCUUCAGCCGUGUAGUUUAAUAUCAAUGCCUCUCUGCAUGGUAUCAUUCCCUUCAGCCUUACUCUUAGUCUCUAGCCUCGGCAAGGAAGAGAUGGCAGUAAUCAUACCUGAAGAAUGCCCAGCCAGGGUCCACCCCUAUCAUAGUGGCUGGCAGUGGCAGUCAGCCCAGCCCUCCAGUAGACUUGAGAAGUAUGAGAGGCUUGAAGGGGAUGGUGUUUCUCUGGGAGAUGCCAGCAUCCUCCAGAGCUUUGGUCCAGGAUGGUGUGCUCAUCAUGUGGACAACAAUUUUGUUACCAGAUUGUAAAGUGGGUUUUGUUUCUCUCUAGACUCCCCUCUCCCCUGCUUCUGUCUUAAACACCGGGCUGAUUCCCAAGGAACAAUUUGUUCUUUAUCCCCAUUACUAUGGCAGAAAAAGAAAUGGAUCUUACACACAUACUCUAAAUACCACCACAGCCUGUACACCAAAAACAUUCUACUCUAAAUACAGUCAAAGGAUGCCCCCCUCGUAUUCCUUCCUGGAUGGUAUCAUUUCAUUAUCUCUAUGAUUAUCUCCUGGGACCAGAAUCCUCUCCUUCAUGUACCCACACCUUGAGUACAUCACACUAUUCAUUGCCUCCUAUAACCAGCUAAGCAGAUACCCUACAGUCUGUGCCAUGCAGUCAAGGAACAGAAAUGUCACCUCAACUUAAAUAAUGACAGUCCAUCAUUUAUUCCCACUCCAAAGUUUAGCGAGUGUAUUUUAGCCCUUAACUUCCCGGCUGCAUUCGUACUGUAUUUUACAAUAUAUCCUGUUCACAAAAUAAAACAUACCCCGAUCAAAGCAAAGUACACAGGCAUUGCAUAUCUUUGCAAAUCAUCAAUGGUGUCCUUCAACACAGCAUCUAACCUGGAGCUCACAGAACUAGUCUAUCACUUUUCAAAUGAGAUGCCUUUGAUCAAUCUGACUCACAGAAAGCAUUUGAGCUCUAUACCUAUUUAAGUCCCUAGACCUUAUUUGAUCAUAUUCAAAAAAUCAUUUCCUGUGUUUGCUUUGAUUUGGUCUUCAAUAAAUUAAAAUGAUCCACACUUUAACACUGCCACAUCUGACCUUCACUGCCAUCUUUACAUGGUUCCUUUUGAUCAGCCUUUUGAAGAUAGGUCUCUCCUAAUCUAUCUCAAAACUUGGAGGGUUCUAUGAGACAGAUACUGGGUUUGUCUUCUGUCUUACACCAAACAUCCCUCCUGAAAGUUGUCCCUUAGAUGUGGAAGCACUCGAGGUUUUCAUACUUAUUUUAUAUAACACCCAUUUAUAUUUAUUUCUGUAUAUAGAAAUAGAACAAAACAGUAGUAGGAUCUUCGUUGUGGUUUGACUUUGCUGCUUUGGGGUUAGGAUAGUGAAUUUAGGUUCCAGUCACUCUCUAUUCUGUCUUUGGAGAGCUGUGAUUGAGUGUGCAAUUAUUUGGAAGGAGAACAUGUAAAUUAAGAUAUCUGUAGUGUUUAUGGAAGAAGUCUCUGGGGACAUCUACUGCUUGUGUCUCUUUGGUGCAAUAAUUAAGUAGCAAGGAGAAGCUGAAAUGGCAACCAUACAGUCUAGUGAGUCUCUUACUUGCUCACGAUUCCUUUCUGCUCACACAUUUUCUGAAAAUUACUCUCUUUAACUGGGUUAACUUUUUAAGUUGCUUAAUUCUCAUAGCUUUUAAUACUAGGGUGGUUUCGAGGUAUCCAAAACAUGCUAUUACAAAAUUAAAUUGUGGUAUUUGUGACCCAUUUAAUUUACUGAAAAGUCGUUAUUGCUGUCCUGCCUCAUCUCCUUGGGUUUUAGUUUUAAAAAGCCUUUGUGGUUUAAAUGAUAAAUAAUGAUUCAGUUUUCUGAACUAUAGACUUUCUUGUUCUGUUUUCUUUCGGUGGCUAGGACUCAGCACCAGUGAGGAUGCGGGUCAUGUCACAGAACUAAGGUAGGACAGUGCUUUGGGAAGGACAAAGAGGAACACAGAAGAAGGAAAAGUCUAUAAUAAUAUUUUGCUAAAAAUUGCUUUAUGAUGAAAACUGAUGGGAAGGGUUUUUUUAAAUAAUAGAAAAGGUAAACAUCAUACCUGUCAUUCAGAAUGCAAGCUAACAUGAUCUGUGUAAGCAGUCACUAAUGGCGGGAGCCCUUUAUUUUUCAUGCUCCAUUUUCAAAAGUAUGUUUUGAAAUUUGGUUCAUAUCUUGGUAUGUUUUGGUGCAUAAAAGAGAAAAAUAUCAGUGUCUUUACUUUUGAAAUUUAAAGGACAAAGGGCAUGCUCUCUCAGUUUGUUGUAAGAUUGUAUUCUGUAUAUAUGUUUCCAUGUACAUAAAUGAAAAUAUAUA